AUGUACAAAGUAAAGAAAUCAUUUCGGCUAGUUUGGAGCUCUUCACCAAGUUUGGAUCCAAUUGUUGUUGUUCUUGCUAAUUUAGAGGAGUGUGCCUCUAAUCUACAGAAGUGGCAUAUUGAUAAAUAUGGUAACAUGAAGAAGAAAAUUAUUGAUGCUCAAUUAAAGGUGGAAACUCUAAAUAAUGCUCCUUACCGAAUUGCUGAAGCAAUGAAUUCUUUGAAAAAUUCUGAAGCUUUUCUUGAUGAGUUGUUGGAACAAGAGGAGAUCUAUUGGCAGCAACGCUCUCAGGUCGAUUGGUUAAAUGAAGGGGAUCGAAAUACCAAGUUUUUUCAUGCCAAAGCCUCGGCAAGGAAGUCUAAUAAUACAAUUAAGUUUAUGCAUGUUGAGAAUGGUACUCGGGUCACUGCUAAACAUGAAAUUGCAGCUGCAAUCCACGACUACUUUGCUGAGAUUUUUACUGCUUCAACAUUAGAUGAGGAUGCCCUUAUUACCACUUUAAAUGCCAUUCCUACAACAAUCGCUACCGAGAUGAAUGUCAACCUUCUAAAACCAUUUGAAGUCGCCGAUGUUGAAGUAGCUCUGCACUCAAUGGCACUAGACAAGAGCCCCGGUAUCGAUGGUAUGUCUCCAAUGUUCUAUCAACACAAUUGGGUUGUGGUUGGUAACUUAGUAAGAGCAGCUGUCUUAAGUGUUUUAAAUGACGGGGCAGAUUCUACAAGGCUCAACAAAACACUUAUUGCACUUAUUCCCAAGAUCAAAAAACCACAGCGAAUGCAAGACUUUCGUCUUAUCAGCCUUUGUAAUGUUAUCUCCAAGCUUGUCACCAAACCUUUGAAUUGGUCAAUGCUAUUAAGAAAAAAAACAUCAGGGCGAAAAGGUAUUGUAUCUCUGAAAUUGGACAUGAGUAAAGCGUUCGAUCGGGUUGAGUGGAGAUUCAUUGAGAGAGUCAUGAGUAAGAUGGGUUUUCCUAGUGAAUGGAGUACACUUGUUAUGAGCUGCCUGCGUACUAAUAGCCUCUCCUUUAUUUUAAAUGGUGAGGUCACGGGAUCACUUACUCCAUCAAGAGGGCUUCGUCAAGAUGACAGCCUCCUUUUCUGUCAAGAAAAUGAGUCUUCUUGCCUUGCAAUUCAAAGAUCUUUGGAUAUUUAUCACAGAGCAUCAGGUCAAGUUCUCAAUCCAGACAAAUCGGUUAUGUCCUUCUCACCCAAUACAACACUUGCUGCCCAAGUUUUCUUUCACCGACAACUGCAAAUGCCAAUCUGUGAAUGCCAUGGAAGAUACCUUGAUUUCCCAUCUUACUCUCGGAGGGAUUAA